UUUGUGCGCGGCUCUGCAGGGUCGGAGAGACAGAGAGAGCGAGAGUGAGAGAGCGGAGCGAGCGCAGGGGCUGAGUCGUUACUCUCCCAUCGUUACCAUCGUCGGUAUCUUCAUUCGCCAUUGCUACGGUUCGGGCAGCAGUUCUUUUACACAGUGAGCGUCGAUGCCCUCCCCUCCCCGCGCGUUGACGCGACGUGUCAGCAGCACAGGCUAAGCUCUGCAUUGCAUCUCCAGCGCUGGGCACCCCUCCGUCCGCGCAGUCGGUCUUCGCUGCCUUGUCCCGCGAGAGAGGCGGCGUCGGAGCCAUCGACCGAGAGAUAGGCGCGCGCGCACCCACAGCGAGACACGCGCCGAGCGAAGCGUUAGCGAGAGAGAGAGAGAGAGGCAGCCACACACACACAGAGCCGCAGCAGCGCGCAGAGAGGGGGAGCGAGCGAUUGGAGCGAGCGAGCUAGCGUGCGAGCGAUGGCAGAGAAGCGACUGCACACCAUGCUGUCACACGUGCCGAGCCCGGACGUGUCCGACGUCGAGUCUGAGCCGUCGCUGCACGGAGGCUCUCUGAGCGGCGCUUCCGACAGCGACGAGAGCGGCCUGGGCAGCUACGGGGCCGGGAUGAGCGUCGGUGGCGGCGGCGGCGGCUUGGCCGGCAACGUUGGCGGGGUCGGCGGCCACGGGGUCGCGGGGUCCCGCAAGAGCGGCUGCGUGACUCGGUAUGACGACGACGAGAAGUUCCCGGACAGCAUCCGCGAGGCGGUGAGCCAGGUGCUCAAGGGCUACGACUGGACCCUGGUGCCGAUGCCCGUGAGGGUGAACGGCUCCUCCAAGUGCAAGCCGCACGUGAAGAGGCCCAUGAACGCGUUCAUGGUGUGGGCGCAGGCGGCACGUCGCAAGCUCGCCGACCAGUACCCGCACCUGCACAACGCCGAGCUGAGCAAGACGCUGGGCAAACUGUGGCGCCUCCUGAACGAGAACGAGAAGAGACCGUUCAUCGAGGAGGCCGAGCGGCUGCGCGUGCAGCACAAGAAGGACCACCCGGACUACAAGUACCAGCCACGCCGGCGGAAAUCCGUCAAGGGCUCCGGCGACGGGGACGCGGCGAGCCCCUGCGGAGCGGACCCCCACGGAGGGAUCUUCAAGGGGGUCCACGGCGAGGGCGGGUCCCUGGGUGACCCCAUAUCCCUGUCGGCCCACACCGGCCAGGCACAGAGCCCCCCCACCCCGCCCAGCACGCCCAAGACGGAGCAGGGCGCCAAGGCUGGCGGCGGAGACGCCAAGCGCCCCCUCCAGGCGCAAGAAAGUCAAACGUGCGUCGCUCCCACCGCCCCAAGCAUGGGGCACACUCAGCAGCAGCAGCAACACCACCAUCAGCACACGCAACAGCAGCACCACAAUCAACUCCACCACCACCACCAGCAGCAGCAGCAACAGCAGCAGCAGGCUGCGACCCCUGCUCGCCAGCACAUCGACUUCAGCAACGUGGACAUGGGCGAGCUGAGCAGCGAGGUCAUCUCCAACAUGGAGCCCUUCGACGUGAACGAGUUCGACCAGUACCUGCCGCACGGCCAGUACGGCUACGGCCUCGCGGCGGCGGCGGUGGCGGCCGGCUGGACGGCCAAGCUGCAGGAGCAGGAGCGGCCGACGCACAUCAAGACCGAGCAGCUGAGCCCGAGUCACUACAGCCAGCAGCAGCAGCAGGCUGCGGUACAGCAGCAGCAGCAGCAAAACUCGCCUCCGCCUCCACAGCAGCAGCAGCCGACGAUCAGCUACGGAUCGUUCAGCAUCCAGCACUACGGGCCGCCCUUCUCCGACCUGCAGAGUGCACGCUCGCAGCAGCAGCAGCAGCAGUACGACUACGCGGAGCACCACACCGGCGCCCACCACCACCACCACCAGCAGCAGCAGCUGCAGCACCACCACCACCACGGUGCCCUCCACCACCACCAACAUCAACAGCAGCAGGGCAGCAGCCACCACCAGCACUCGACAGCGGCCGUCAUGUCACCGUCGUCCUCUUCAUCGUCGUCGUCUUCAUCGUCGUCGUCAUCUUCAUCGUCGCCUUCGGCCGCGGCGACCGCCGCCGCGGCCGCCGCGGCCGCCGCCGCCGCCGCUUACUACGGCCAGAUGUCGGGGCACUCGCCGGGCCACCGGGCGAGUGGCCUCUACUCGGGCGGCUUCUCGUCGUACGCGGGGGCGGCGGGCCAGUGCUCGCUGUACGCGCCGGGUGGCGAGGCGGCGCCGCUGCACGCGUCCGUGGCGCCGGCGGCAGCGCACAGCCCCCAGCACUGGGAGCAGCCCAUCUACACGCAGCUCAGCAGGCCCUAGGGGGGAGGCAGCGGUGGACAAACACAGGCCCAGACGCCUUCGCGUUUCGAGGUGAUGUACUGGAUGCGGUGUGCCGGGCACGGAAAUUUUUGAUCCGGUCGGUGUGACCGAAAUGGAAACCCCGGGGGGGAGUGGGAGGUGUGGGGGAGUAAGGGGGAGGGGCCAGCCAAUACGGGCGAGUGGACAUUACCAUCACCGCUGCCACCACCGCCACCACCACGACAACAAAACACGUGGAAUGGCCAUCACAAACCCCCAAUCAUCAGAGACGACGGGCCCGGUAGUAACGAACACGGCCUUGCGGGAUGGACAGUCGUCGGGGAGAGUGCUGGCUUGUUGCUCCGGGUCAGCCUUGGGGGAAGAGACUUGCGGUUCGAGAGGGUCCGCACCCCAGUUGAAUUAUGGUCGCCGAAUGACUGGUCGGCUGAAGGCUGGUACGGCGAGCAACGGGACAUUUGGGGGAGCCUUGUCGAACAAACGCCUGCACUGUGGUUGGCAGUGCGUGCGUCUCUGCGGUGCUGAUGGUCAAACAGAACAAGAUGUGCUGUUCUCAUUUUUGGCUGAGGUGACCUAGGGGAGGCCUCGUGGAGUAAGGAAUUGAGUCUGGCUGGCAGGAUCAGAGCGCAGUGCGCGAACCACUAGGGUAAUGAUUUCCGACACCAUAACUGCCAGCACCACCGUCAGCUCCAUUUUCACCACCACCAUUACCAUGACUACAAACACCACCAUAAUCAGCACCACCACCAUCAGAACCACCACCAGAAUCAAAACCAACCCUACACCACCAGUACAAUUUACCAACACGACCACUAACCAUUACAACCGCCACCAUUACCAACACUACCACCACCGUCACCACAACCAGCACCAUUGCCAACACGACCACCAUUGCGAUCACCACCACCAGCACCACCAUCACCACCACCAUCAUUCGCACCACCACCACUGCAAAGCCACACGUAACACGCAGGAACACUACAUCCGCCAUGGCAGUCCACGGCCAAGCACCGGUUACUUUGCAAAAAAGUUCACGAGAACAAAUCGUUUGUGCAACACGUCUGCAUAUUUAAUAAUUAUUCGAAGGUGUCUUAAUCUCACUGUGCAAAUGUUUUUUUUUGCGUUGUUGCGUUUUGGUUUAUGAAGAUGUUUGAGUCUUUUUCGAGUCGACGCGAAUGUUGCUGUCGUUUUGCUUAUCACAUCUGUCGGGCGUUCGAGCUGUUGUAAAAAAAGAACAACGAAUGAGUGGCACAGUCGGAUGAGAUACAAAACAAUCCUCUGUGAGGACUAAAGAAGAUGCCUUCCCCUUUUCGAAGUCUUCCCUUAUGAUAAUAAUGAUUAAAAUAUAAAAAAGUGCUGGUAACAGUCUGUUUCCUGAUGAUGUCACCAUCGAUAUGAAGACGUUUUUGCAGUGGAGUCAUUGUUAUCGCCCCACCAACCCAUCUCGCCACGGUGGCUAGGAGAUGUUAACUACCUCGCCUGAUAUACAGGAGGUCGUGGGUUCGAUCCCGACCCUGACCAUGCCUGUAUACUUGGAGUUUGCAUGUUCUCCCCGUGGUCGCGUGGAUCUUCAUCCAAGUCCUCCGGUUUUUCCCUCCCACAUUUUAGAAUGAACAUCACGCGUUCAGAGUAUUUGGCUGCUACAAAUGUCCAAGUGAUGAUGAUAAGCCACUUCGUUGAGCUAUCAUUUGUGGCCAGGUCGCUUCUGAAAAAAAAAGAGCGAUAUAGCUCAGUGUGGGCCUUACCUGGUAAAAUAAAAAAAUAGUUUUUUUAGUUUUUUUUUCACACUCACCGACGAAUUCUCCGCGAGUCGAGCGAGGCUUGGCGAGGUCCUCUUCAUCCAGUGGUGGAUUGGCAAACAGGGCUGAUCCUCUGUAUCAAUGCAAACUGCAAGCCACGUUUUUCAUCGGUUUUGUUUGUUGUUCGGUUUAAACUUGCCCGUGCCCCGGGUGUGCGGAUGAGUGGCAUCGAACAAUAACAACAACAACAAAAACGUGAGCCAGUGUAAAUUGCAAAAGAGUGGCUCAGUCGUUGGAAGGAACCCGUCUGGGAAAUAAAAAAUAAAAGAAACAUCGCAGACCGAAGCGAUGACGGGUGCGACGUACAUCGCCUGCCGAUCUACGAUUUCCAACGUUUUUGUUUCAAUUCAUACGCAUUCAACGGAAGUGUCAUUUAGCGUACUAAAUGUGAUAAUUUUAUCAAGCGUGCAUAUUUUAUUGUUGUUACUUUUUUAAAACGUAUAAUUUUCAUUUGUUUUUCACUCUCCUUGCUGCCGUCCGUCCGCGAUAUUCUUAUUAUUAUAACUGAGUGAGCUAAAACAAUUUAAUCUGGAUUCUUUAUAUUAGUACAGUCUGUUUAUGGCUAUUAAUUUCUCAGAAAUUUCUUAUUCUUGAACGAUGAAAUGUUUUUAUUUUAGAUUUUUUUUUGUUGUUGUUGUAAACAUUUGCUUCGACAACGAUUCGACAGUUGGGAGGGUUUUGUUUUUCUCUCGUCAGAUCAUUCAUGGUGCCCAUUAAUUCUUGCGGUCCGCGUCCCAAUAUACCGUCGCAACCUGCAGUUCGUGUUGCCUCCUGGAGCCGAGAUUCGAAAAUGAACCUCACCCUCGUCGCAUUUGAGAUCGAUUGAGUUACAAUAGAGAGUUUAAUGCACUCGAAAAUUAACAUUGCUUACAGAAUUAUAUUUUGUACAUAGUAAUAAUAAACUUUCGGCAAGAAAAAUGCUUCUCGUUGCUUCGAUCUGUGUGUUUAUACGCCUGCUGUGCUUCACCGUACACAGAUCCCUGACGUAACCGCCACCCCCCCCCCCCACAGCAUCAGCUGAUGCGACGUCGCAAAACACCACCAGUGACGUCAAGCUGCCAGAAACAAA